UUGACACUUGCAGAGCGUGGCUCGUGCUCACAGGCGGCGACCUUGCUGUAAGCAGUCAGAGAAGGAAAAAAGCUAUUCAUUCCAGCUGAUUGCACCGAUACGCCAACAGUGCUACUGCGGACAAGAUAAAUUUGUGGCGUGCGUGCGCAAGCGAGCAGACAUUGCGUUUCGUAGCGAUACCCGCGAAGAGAUGAAUACGUAUCUGAAAUGUUUGUUAACUUUUUCGAGCAUGAUUGGGAUUGGCAGUUUGUUGGGAUAUGGAACUGUAGCUUGGAAGAAACCUCAAGCCAAAUCGAUGAGAAAACCGCAUAUUAUACUCAUUGUAGCAGAUGACAUGGGAUGGAACGACGUGAGUUUCCACGGCGCAGAUCAGAUUCCCACCCCGAACAUCGAUGCUCUCGCCUAUAACGGAGUAAUAUUAAACAGGCAUUAUGUUCUGCCAAUUUGCACACCCUCGAGGACGACUUUGAUGACUGGCCGUUAUGCCAUUAGAGACGGGAUGCAAGGUUUUCCAUUACAAGCAGGCGAAAGGCGAAGUAUUCCCCUGAACGUCACUCUAAUGCCGGAGCACAUGCGACAGCUUGGCUACGAAACCCGGCUUGUCGGCAAAUGGCAUCUCGGUUACUACGCCGAAGCCUAUACACCAGCAAGACGAGGCUUCGACUCGUUCUUUGGAUAUUACAAUGGAUACAUCGACUACUUUAAUAAAACUAUUAGUCAAACGUUGGACGACGGAAGUGUGAGAGCCGGCAAGGACCUUCACCGUGACGGGCCAAGUAGUCUGAGCAUAGAACCCAUCGAUUCUCGAUACUUCACCGAUUUAAUUACCGGCGAGGCCGAAAGGAUCAUAAAGAGCAAUGGCAAUGAGAAGCCACUCUUUCUUCAAGUGGCACAUCUGGCGGUUCACGCCAGCGAUUCCCCGCUGGAAACACUCCAAGUUCGCAAUGCGACCGUGGUGAACGAGACCUUCGCCCACAUCAAGGACAGCAAGCGCAGAAAAUACGCCGGGAUGAUGAUGGCAAUGGACGAGUCAGUGGGUAGGAUUACGAAAGCCUUAAGCGAAGCCCGAAUGUUGGACAAUAGUAUUGUCGUCUUUAUGGCUGAUAACGGAGCGCCGACAAUCGACAUGUACGAGAAUGCCGGCUCUAAUUAUCCCCUCCGUGGCAUAAAGGACACGUUAUUCGAAGGGGCGGUUCGCGGCGCAGCCUGCGUUUUCUCACCGCUGAUCAAAGCGCCGUCGAGGCUGUCCGAGCAAUUAUUUCACAUAGCCGACUGGUUGCCAACCCUUUAUUCGGCCGCCGGUGGGCAAGUCGGCGAUCUCGGUGAAAUCGACGGCAUGGAUCAGUGGGAAGCACUGACGCAAGCUUCCUUCGCGCCGGCGCGACACAAUGUACUCGUCAACAUCGACGAGAUGCGCAAUUGGGAAGCUGCUAUCAUUGGCAGGCACAAACUUGUCAAAGGCGCUAUAAAUCUGGGCGAAGGCUACUACGGUGAAACCGGCAGCGAUUCUUCUUAUCCAGCUUACGAUGUAGAAAAUGCAUUGUCGUCAACGACAGGCCAAGUGAUCAGGCGGCUACAAGGCUUUGUCAGUCCUUCGGCCAAGAAAGCGCGAAAAUUACGCCAACUAGCGACUGUACAUUGUGAGCCAGUCAGCAGAUAUGCCAACUGCUCGGGUACCUGCCUUUUCGACAUUGUCAACGACCCCUGCGAGUCUCAAGACUUAUCUGAACGGCGACCGAAGGUGGUAAAAGCUUUGGAAUCGCUCAUCGACAGCUAUCGAAGCGUUUUGAUGCAGCAAAGAAAUUCUACAGGAACGCGUCAUCCAAUAGACGCGUGCUCGUUCCCCAAGUAUUUCAAUGGCACCUGGAUGCCUUGGCUAAAAAGCGAUCUAUCGACCAUAAUACCAAGCAGCACGAUGAACUACAAUCGAUUAGGCUUUCAAAAUGUACGGCGAGCUAGAACAUUUCCAAUGUUCAUAGUACUACUCAUAACUUUCGUGAGCUUUAAUUCUUAUGCGAUAUGGUGUAAGCUUCAAGUUCCGUCUGCACGGAAACCGCAUAUCAUCAUUAUAGUGGCUGACGAUAUGGGCUGGAACGACGUAAGUUUUCACGGCGCCAAUCAAAUUCCUACUCCGAACAUCGACGCUCUCGCCUACAACGGCGUGAUAUUGAAUAGGCACUACGUUUUGCCGACGUGCACGCCAUCAAGGUCCUCUUUGAUGACUGGCCGUUAUGCCAUUAGAGACGGCAUGCAAGGGACGCCACUUAGUCCUGGCCAACCGAAGGGCUUACCGCUCAAUGUCACUUUAAUGCCAGAGUACAUGCGUCAACUCGGCUAUGAGACAAGACUCGUUGGCAAAUGGCACCUCGGCUAUUACACCGAAAGCCAUACACCAGCUCGGCGUGGUUUCGACUCUUUUUACGGCUACUACAACGGACACAUUACCUACUUCAAUAAAACGAUUGCUGUACGCGCCGAGGAUCAUUUGCACGUAGGAUAUGAUUUACAUCGGGACAAUCAUCAACGUCUCUGUGUAGAGUAUGGCAACGAUGAAUACUUUACCGAUCUGAUAACAGAGGAAGCCGUUAAAAUUAUUCAGGUCAAUCGUAACGAAAAGCCGCUAUACCUUGAAAUCGCUCAUCUUGCGACUCACUCGAACGGUAUUAAGGAUAAUCCACUGGAAGUUCGUAAUUCAAAAGAAGUCAACGAGACUUUUGCCUAUAUCAAAGAUAAUGAUCGUCGAACAUAUGCCGGAGUGAUGAAGGCAUUGGACGAGUCCGUGGGUAAAGUUGUCAAAGCUUUGAGUGAAGCUCGCAUGCUCGAAAAUAGUAUCGUCCUCUUCAUGUCGGAUAACGGCGCGCCAACAAAGUAUCUUUAUGAAAAUUUUGGUUCUAAUUAUCCCCUGCGUGGUAUAAAAAAUACGACGUUCGAAGGCGGAGUGCGCGGGGCAGCUUGCAUAUUUUCGCCUCUGAUAAAAAAGUCAUCGAGGCUGUGGGAGGAGUACGUGCACGUGACAGAUUGGUUGCCAACCUUUUAUUCCGCGGCUGAUGGACAAGUCGCCGAUCUCGGAGAAAUCGACGGCUACGAUCAGUGGGAUUCGUUGGUGAACGGGGUGGUUUCACCGCGACACAACGUUCUGAUCAACAUUGACGAAACGCAUAAAGUGGAAGCGGCCAUUGUCGGCAGAUACAAGCUUGUCAAAGGCGCCGACCCCUCCACCGAACGCUAUUACGGCGCUACCGGCAACGAUCCGCUCUAUCCCGAGUACACCGUGGAAGAGGCCUUGACUUCACCGGCAGGUCUGGCCAUCGGUCGAUUAUCCGAAUUCACCAGUGUCACGGCAGAGCAAGCUCGUAAGCUUCGAGACAGUGCCGUGGUGAAUUGUCGACGCGAGGCUGUCCCGAAAACAUGCUCGGAAGCCUGCCUUUUCGACAUUAUCAGUGAUCCUUGCGAGACGCAGGACUUGUCAAGCAAUUAUUCGCUGGUCAACGUCUUCAUGCUGCAGCUUCUACAGAUGCUCAUUGAAAAGUAUCGAGCAGUUUUGGCGCCGCAAGGCGUCGCGCACAUCGAUGACUGUGCGUUUCCCCAGUACUUCAACGGCUCGUGGAUGCCUUGGAGGAAAGAUGACGCCGCUUUGACCAGUGCUUCUCGUUGGAUAACGAGCUUGUCGGUCCAAGGGCUGCAAGGCGUACCAGUGGAUAAUGCACAUCCACGUGGGGUGCCUCUCAAUGUCACACUCAUGCCACAAUAUCUGCGCGAUCUCGGCUACGAGACUCGCCUCCUCGGCAAAUGGGAUCUCGGCUAUUACACUAAAAACCAUACGCCGGUACGCCGAGGUUUCGACUCUUUCGUAGGCUGUUACAACGGACUGAUCAGCUAUUUCACCAACACGACCAGCCAGCAGGUGCAAGACGAGCUGGAGGUGAUAGGUUACAACUUGCAUCGCGACGAUUCCCAUGGCAUGAAGGUAGAGCUGAACAACAGCAAAUACUUCACCGAUCUGAUCACCGACGAGGCCGUGAGGAUUAUCAAGAGCAAUGCAGACAAGAGGCAGCUCUUCCUCGAGAUCGCUCAUUUCGCGCCUCACGCUGCGUUCUCGACCGACGAUCCGCAACAAGUUCGCGACCCGACGGAAAACGACCGAGCGUUCGCUUACAUCGAGGACAAGAAGUGCAGAAGGCACGCGGGUACGGUACACGCUAACCAAACGUUCCGACAGUUCACCCGGCAAUUCGCUAUCGAUCGAUCGACAAUCGCAGGAGUGAUGCGAGCACUGGACGAAUCCGUGGGCAGAGUCGUGGAAGCCCUGUGCGACGCUGGCAUGCUGGACAACUCCAUCGUCGUGUUCAUGUCCGACAACGGAGCGGCGACGGUCGGCCCCUCGAAUAACGCAGGCUCGAAUUAUCCUUUGCGCGGCAUCAAAGACACGCUGUUCGAGGGCGCCGUUCGCAGCGCGACCUUCGUGUUUUCGCCGUUGAUCAAGCGAUCGCGGAAGUUAUCCGAGGAGUACGUGCACGUGACGGACUGGCUGCCGACGCUGUACUCGGCCGCGGGUGGCAACGUCUCCGACCUCGGCUCCGACAUCGACGGCUUCGAUCAGUGGCGAUCGCUCACCGAAGAUCUCGCCUCGCCGCGGCGAAACCUGCUGCUGAACAUCGACGAGCUGCGCGCCGAGGAAGCGGCGAUCGUCGGCCGACUCAAGAUCAUCAAGCCUGUCGACAAGUCCAUCGACGGUUAUUUCGGGCACAGCUGCAACAGUCCUUCGUACCCGUCGUACAACUUGACGGAGGCGUUCAACUCGGCAGCUGGUCUGGCUAUCGCUCGGUUGCCCGGCUUCGUUAACUCGACCGAGGACGAAGCUCGAGCGUUGCGAGCCAGUGCUGUUGUAACCUGUCGACAUUCGGCCAACUAUUCCAAGUGUAGCGACACGUGUCUGUUUGACAUCGUUAGCGAUCCUUGCGAGACGCGCGACUUGUCAAAGCAGAGACCUAACGACGUCGUUGCUCUAAAGAUGUUCAUCGACAGCUACCGCAAGGUUUUGGUACCGCAAACUCUCCCGACAGCAGAGCCCUGCUCGUAUUCUGGGCCGAAACAAUACGGACAACAAGAACGCUUCCGAUGACGAACGAUAACGAACUGAUAAGCAAAAUUUCGAGUCGACAAUGCGCGUCGACUCGUUCGCAUCAAUAUACGUAUAAUGUUGAUCCUGUUAUUGAUUCACUUGUUCGUCUUCGUCUUCGAGCGCGUUACCAUUUCUUUCAUAGCGAGCGCCCAAGUAAUUCCUCAGUGCCAUGGCCACCGACGGAGAAAGAGCCCGCGCUAAUGGAUAGAUAAUAACGUUGCCGUUGCGCAAAAGAAAGCACGCGCGUAGUAUCUGUAUUACGCAACUCCGCAAUUGAUUGCGUCCUCGUCGUGCGUUUCAUCCGCCAGCGAGAGGAGGAAAAGAAAAAUGAAAAAUAGUUAAUCGCGAGCCGGCUCCGGCUCCCUCUCCUCCCCUCUCUGUCGGAUAAUUAGUUAGCCGAGCGCGUAUUUAUAAUAAGCCGGCUUGCGUCGUUAAUUAGACUGCUGGCGACUUAGAGGAUGAAAAAAGAGCGAGUCGACGGGCGAGCGAAGAGGAGGAGGAGGAGGAGGAGGAGGCGAAGGAGCGCGUAAGAAACUCGCUUUGUUCGUCAUUGUAUAGGGAUUAUGCAGAUGAAGCGCGGGCCGCGCGGAGGCGAAAUCUCGGGAGCGCGCGCCGUUUCAUUUUGGCCCUGAUGCGUCUUCCCUCUUCUCGCCCGCCGAGUUUCAGCGCUGAUGUCGUUUUAAUGCCAGGAGCGCGCACGCGUACCCCCGGCUCGCUGCAUCGCCUCGCUCCGCAGCCUCGCCAUAUUAAAGCUUCGCGCAAUUCGAUGGAAAUGAGAAGUCGCGCGCGCGCUUCAUCUCAUCGGAUCAUUGCUGCUCGUCCGUCGUCGUGGCCUUCGAUCGAUUUCACAGCCGAGAGUACGCCUGACGCGCUCGCGGCCUCGUUAUUUAUGCACUUUCCUCUGCGAUUCAUGGAAGUCGAUUUUUCAACGUACAACUAGAUCAACAGGGCGCGCAAA